AUGGGGCGCAAGGACAGGGACGCCCACGCCGCCGGCAAGAAGGACAAGCCGGUCUCCGUCUCCGCCAUGCUCGCUAGCAUCGACGCGCCACCGGCCAAGGCGACGAAGCCCUCCAAGCCCAAGUCAUCCAAGGCUUCCACUUCGUCCUACUUGCGCGAUGAUGCCGACCUGCCCCCCUCGGAUGAGGAGGAGGACGAGGCCGACCUCGCCGCCCGUGCCUCCAGGCCCCGCCCGCAUCGCCCCGCGGCCGAUCUCAACGCCGCGGCGCCCUCGCUCAAGGAAGCCAGGAAGAAGGAGAGGCGCGAGCACGAGGCGGCGGCGCGCGCCGAGGCCGUCCGCCGGGAGGUGCUACGCGACGACCGCGACGCCUUCUCCGUCGUCGUCGGCGCGCGCGUCCCGGCCGACGACGGGGCCGCCGCCGCUGCAGCCGACAACGUCAGGGACAUCGUCCUCGAGAAUUUCUCCGUGUCCGCGGCCGGCGUGAAGCUGUUCGACGGCGCCUCGCUUCGGAUCUCGCACGGCCAGCGCUACGGCUUCGUGGGGCCCAACGGAAAGGGCAAAUCCACCCUGCUGAAACUGCUCGCGUGGCAGCGGCUCCCGGUGCCACGGAACAUCGACGUGCUGCUCGUGGAACAGGAGGUCGCCGGCGACAGCCGCCCGGCAAUCGAGGCGGUGAUCCAGGCCGAUGACGAGCUCACCGCGCUCCGCAGCGAGCGCGACAAUAUUGAGGCCUCUGACGACUCGAGGGACAACGAGCGGCUCGCCGAGCUGUACGAGAUGCUCAACCUGCACGGUGCGGAUGCCGCCCGGGCACGGGCAUCCAAGAUACUCGCAGGUCUGGGAUUCGAUCAGGCUAUGCAGGCGAGGGCCACCGAGUCGUUCAGUGGUGGCUGGCGGAUGCGCAUCUCCCUGGCCCGGGCUCUCUUCAUGCAGCCGACAUUGCUCCUCCUCGACGAGCCGACCAACCACCUUGAUCUCCGAGCUGUGCUUUGGCUGGAGCAGUACUUGUCCACGCAGUGGAAAAAGACGCUCAUUGUUGUGUCCCAUGACCGUGAUUUCUUGAACACGGUGUGCAAUGAGAUAGUUCAUUUGCACGAGAAGAAGCUCGAUGUCUACCGUGGCAGUUUUGAUGAUUUUGAGGGAGGUUUUGAGCAGAGGAGGGCACGGGCGAUCCGGGAGCAUGAGAAGUAUGUCAAGCUGGAGAAUGCAGCAAAGAGAAGUGGGAACAAGGCUACUCAUGAGAAGGUUAUCAGGCAGGCCAUGUCAAGGGCCGACAAGAGCAAGGGGAAGGGGAAGAAUGUAUCAAAUGAUCACGAUGGCCAGAAACAGAUUACGGUACCUCAGAAGUGGCACGAUUACAGUGUCAAGUUCCACUUUCCUGAGCCAACUGGACUUGCACGGCCACUCCUAGAGCUUGUCGAGGCUGGCUUCAGCUACCCUGGUCGUCCCGACUUCAAGCUGUCGGGUGUCGAUGUUGGCAUCGACAUGGGAACACGUGUGGCUAUAGUUGGGCCUAAUGGAGCUGGGAAGUCCACCCUUCUUAAGCUUCUUGCCGGUGAUCUUGCGCCCACUGAAGGGGAGGUCAGGAGGAGCCAGAAGCUGAGGAUCGGGCAGUACUCACAGCAUUUUAUCGACGUGCUUACAAUGGAGGAGAAUGCAGUUGAGUAUCUGCUCAGGAUGCACCCUGAUCAGGAGGGGAUGAGCAAGGCAGAGGCUGUCCGUGCGAAGCUUGGUAAGUUUGGUUUACCGAAAGAGAACCAUCUCACUCCGAUUGCUAAAUUGUCUGGUGGCCAGAAGUCCCGUGUUGUCUUUACCUCGAUUGCAAUGGGACAUCCUCACAUUCUUCUGCUGGAUGAACCAACAAAUCACCUGGACAUGCAAAGUAUUGAUGCAUUGGCUGAUGCUCUGGAUGAGUUCGCUGGAGGUAUCGUCUUGGUUAGCCAUGAUUCACGAUUGAUAUCUCGAGUUUGUGAUGAUGAAACUAAGAGCGAGAUAUGGAUCGUGCAAGAUGGCACAGUGUACACAUUUGAUGGAACCUUCGAGAAUUACAAGGAUGAGCUCAUGGAAGAAAUCAGAAAGGAAGUGGAAGACUAA